UUGUUUGUUUGUUUUGAAUCCGAGUUUUGAAUAUUUGUUAUGCAGCGGAAUGGGGUUUUUGAAUUUCGAUCUAAUAUCUCCUAGUUACCAUUAUUAUUUAUAAAGUUUAAACUUCAUUGUAUUUUAUUGGAUUUAUUGAUAAAUAUAUUAAAAUGAGUGAGCAAAGUGCUGUGGUGCCAAGAUAUAUGGCCCAACUUUUAGAAGAAUUAGGAUGGAACCAGGGCACUCGGAUUCCUCUGGCUAAUCCUAAUAAUCAGAAUAUGGAAACACUCUUAAUUAGCAGGCAAAAUGAAGUUCAACGUCUUAAGGAAGCUUUGAUUUUGCAAAAUCAAAAAAGAGAUGAUCUUAACAAAUACAAAGACCAUGUCCAGAGUGAAUAUCAAGAAAAUACUCGUUUACUAUUUGCCCAUAAGCAGCAAAUGGAGCAAGAGGUGAAGCUCCGCCAGCUGUCCCUCAAUGAAGCGAAUAGACUGGAUAGAGAUGUAGUGGAAUCUUGCAAGCAGAAUAACGUAAACGUCUCUAGGAUCGAUAAUCUUCAACAUACCAUUGCCCGUUUAUUAAAGAAGGCUGAUUCGUUGAAAAGCGAAGUCUGUGGUGAGCGUGGUGCCUUGCAGGAAUGGAGGGCGGCCCUCGAAAGGAGUGCCGGGGAUAUCAUAGCUAUCGAGCAAUUCACUAAACAAGACCUGUCUAAAGCUAAGGCUCUCGAGACAAAGAGGCAGAAAUUGAAGUUAGAGCAUGACCACAUGCAAGAACGUCUUAACCAAUUGGUGUCGAACCUCAGUGCCGAGGAGAGGGCGUGUGAACGAAUUUCAGUUCAGGUCAUGGAGGGUAUGGAACAGAGAAAGCAAAUGAUGGCAAUGUGGGCAAGCGCCAUAGACAAUCUGCGGCAAAGGGAUAUCGAAAUUCGUCACAUAAGAGAGGAUUACGCAGCAUUGGAUGCGGAGGCAAAUAACCUCGUGGAGAAAUGUCGAGAGCAGCAGAACUUUUGCGACCAGCAGCACGGCAAUAAUAUCGAUGCUCAAAGAGAGAACUUGAUGAUCACUAACCAACUCAGCCAGAUCCGUAUUGCAUACCAGAAGACCGUUGAACAGAAUGUGGCCUUGGACAGUGAGGCUCAAAGUCUGCAGCGUGAACUCAGCAACAUGCGGAUCGCUUUAGAGAAGCUUCACAUGGAGAACAGACAGCUUAUGGACAAUCAGCACCGCAAGGAUAUGCAACUCCAAACCAUUAUUGCCAAGAUAAAAGAUUUGAAAGAAAAACUGAUAGAUUCGACGGACAAAUCCAAAAGUUCAGAGAGACGCGCCAAGGAGCUCGAAGAUAUAUUAAACGAAGAGGAACGUUAUGCAAGCAACGUGACAACAAACCAACAGCGGGCGAUGCAUUGCUCUUUUGUAGAACAACAAAAGCUUUUGGCUCUCAAAAACGAAGAGAAACUGUUCCGUAUGCAACUCAAGGCAUCUAAGGCCAUUAUGAGCAAACUCGACACCAAGCAGAUCGGGUUAGAGAGGAAUUUGCAAGCACAGAAAGAAUCACUGUAUGGUAUUUGCUAUCAAGUGGAGACGCUGGGGGCCCGUGUACUACACAUGGAAGGCGCAAAAGCAGAGCGCGAGUGUUCGGCAGCAUUAGUUGAAAGGGAGAAUAGGCUAAAGGAUGUCCUGGCACGUCAUACGGCUCGAGUUGCUCUGUUGGAGCGUCAUUCAGGCAAACUGUUUGACGAUAUGCGACAUCUCGCGCGUGACCUUGAACUGAAAGGCGUUGAUCACACAAAACUGCAAAGUCGUCUAAAGACUUCAAUGCUGAAUGUGGAGGGGGGAGAAAAAGACGUACGUGCGAUACGUGACGCAUGGCGUCGCGCCCGUGUCGAUGAGGCGCUGACUAGACUGCGGGUGGCGCACGGAGAACGCGCGGUCGCGGGACUCGGCGACGCUGCGUUUACCAUAGACAAGCAACGCCUGCAACUAGAUGCGGCAAUGAACGAGCGUUUGGUAGAGAUCGCGGCGAGACGCGAAAUGUUCGCCGUACAACGGCGCGCUUUGUACGAGGAGUGCGGGCGACUGCGUGGCGAGAUACGAGAACGGGAGCAACGGAUAGAGCAGCUCAUGAAAAGAUACGAAAUUUUCAUUGCUUCUCUAGGCAAGGAUGAUUCAGGCCAACCGUUAUCGGUGACAUUUUUUAAAAUAAAGUUCGCAGCGGAAAGGGCAGAGUUGCGCGAAGCGGGCGCUGCACUAGACGCGGAUAUCGGAAGGCAAGAGAAAGACAUAUCCGCACUGGAGGCCACGUUGCGUGUAGUCCACGCCGCGCAUAAACACUUCCUGCACCACAUCGCUCCUUUGCCUGAAGACGCACCGGAGAUGGACCAAAUAACACAAUUGUCACGGCAAUACUAUGAGAAGCGCGACGAACUGAAGGCCCUAAGUACCAAGAUAGAACGCACCGAAGAGAUCGUGUCCGAACGCAGCUCACAGCUGACUCUCCUCGGGGAUAAAUACAAGCAACUCACUGCUAGAGAAGCUGAACGUGAGAACGAGUUGGAUACUAUGAAGGAGCGUGUGGGGAAACAAGAAAACAGACUAGUGAAGGCGCACGAAAUUGCUCGGGCCAACGCCCGUCGUGCCACUAAGUUGAUUGACGGAGCAGAUGAUUGGCGUAUUUUUCAGUUGGCGCUGUGGAUACGCAAUUUCUCCGAAGCAGCGUAUAACUCGCUGCAAGCUCUCGGCGAGAUAUCGCAACAGGCGCCUAGCGCCGCGCCGCGUAUCUCAGUGUUGCUGUCCGCAUCGCAGAUGUUGCGAUUCAUAAUGCCAGCGCAACGCCGCCUGAUGACACUUCUACAACGAAUAAUAACGGACGGCUCAUUGGUAAAGAAAGAAUCGACAGCUGAAAUUGACGAAAGCGUUUUUUCGGAAUCUUCUAAAUCGAGCGCCAGCGGAGUGUCCCAAGCUUCGGGCUACACGCGGCGACUCGCCUCUUUCCGACGAGAUCUCGCUCCAAAAGUACAGGAAAAUGCGUUGAUUGAUGACAUCCGUGAACAAGUGCGUCGCUCAAGUGUCUCAUUGCGCGUCGUAACGCUUGGAUUGGAAGAGUCAGUGCCAACGAUGGCGCCUUCGUCAAUGUCACGCAAGUCUCUGAGAUAAAACGCCUGCCUCUCAGCUAACGAGGCUAAUCAAAUAAUCGACCUGCACUGACCUCUAUUGUUGCGCGGAAGAUUACUGGAAAAUUUUAGGCAGAGGGCGCUAUGUAUAUGUUUAUUGUCAGUUGUCACCAGUCUGGGGUUAUGGAUAUGUGGUAUAGAAUUCAUAAUAACAAGAGACUAGAAAUACCUUUUGGCACUUAAGUAUAGAUAACACUAACGACGCGCUGGGACAAGUGUUAUCGAUCCGCACAACGGUGAACGCUGUGAAUUUAAGUAGGAGGUCCCGGUUUCGAUUCCAUGAUAAUGAUUCCGUUAUGCAAGAAAAAUCACUUAAAAUGUAAUUAACUAAGUUCUCGGAUAAAGUUCGGACUUGUUGGACGCCUACACGCCAUUUCUAAAUCUAAUCUUUAAUAUGACAUGGCCUUUUUUUUUUUUAUAUACAGAGAAAAUGCCUUACGCAUACCA